UAUAGCAAAUGGCGGACAACGCCGGUGAAAACAGGGGAGGCUUCCGUGGAGGCUUUGGCAGUGGUGGCCGAGGCCGUGGUCGCGGAAGAGGCAGGGGCCGUGGUAGAGGCCGCGGAGCUCGGGGUAAAGCUGAUGACAAGGAAUGGGUUCCAGUCACCAAGCUCGGUCGUCUGGUAAAGGACAUGAAAAUCAAGUCCCUUGAAGAAAUCUACCUAUUCUCCCUUCCCAUCAAGGAGUCUGAAAUCAUCGACUUCUUCCUGGCCUCCUCUCUCAAGGAUGAGGUUCUUAAAAUUAUGCCUGUGCAGAAGCAGACACGUGCCGGUCAGCGAACCAGGUUCAAGGCUUUCGUUGCCAUUGGAGACUACAAUGGACACGUCGGUCUUGGUGUGAAAUGCUCCAAAGAAGUUGCCACCGCUAUCCGUGGAGCCAUCAUCCUGGCCAAACUUUCCAUCGUACCAGUCCGUCGAGGCUAUUGGGGUAACAAGAUCGGCAAACCUCACACCGUACCCUGCAAGGUGACUGGUCGCUGUGGCUCUGUGUUGGUGCGUCUGAUCCCAGCCCCCAGAGGUACUGGCAUCGUGUCUGCCCCCGUUCCCAAGAAACUGCUGAUGAUGGCUGGUAUUGAUGACUGUUAUACAUCAGCAAGGGGCUGCACUGCCACCCUUGGCAACUUUGCUAAAGCCACUUUUGAUGCCAUCUCAAAGACUUACAGCUACCUGACUCCUGACCUCUGGAAGGAAACUGUGUUCACAAAGUCCCCAUACCAGGAGUAUACUGACCAUCUUGCAAAGACUCACAGCAGAGUGUCUGUGCAGAGGACCCAGGCUGCCGCUGUACCUGCCACCUCCUAAGGAAAACUUCUCAAUCUGAAAAUAAAACAAACCUUGUUUUGACAAU